AUGCCUUGCGCACAGAUGCCUGUGCGCCACCGUGACACGCCUGCCCAUGCAUUCCUCGCGUGCAGCGCCUGCCCGCAAGCGCUGCCUUGCCACCGCUGCCUUGCAAGCAGCUGCCCGUGCGCUCGCUGCCGAGCCUGCCCAUGCGCUGCCAUGCCGCAGCCCGUGCGCUGCCUGUGCGCUGCUGCUGCCUGUGCACUGCUGCCGCCGGUGCACCACACCGCAGCCGCAGUCGCCCUUGCACUGCACCGCCACUGCUGCUGCCCUUGCGGCGCUGCUCCUCGUGCACAGCGCUGCCGCCACUGCCGCUCGUGCACCAUACCGUCACUGCUGCGUGCGUACCGCUACCGCCCGAGCGUCACUGCUGCACUAAGCCAUGCUACUGCUCACAUACUGCCGGGCUCUGAGCCUAUUGCUGACGUUAGGGAGGAGGUGCAGCAGAGUUACUGGGCUGACCGCGUUACCUAUAGACAGUGGACGUCACGCGACGCCACCGCCCAGUUUGCUAUCCGCACUCACUUGCCACACGACCAGAGGGCUUACUUUUGCCAGGUGACGUCGGCCCAGGCACUCUACGACGCUGUGGUUAGACACUACUCCUCCCCCUCUGCUGCCACCAUAGGCCGUCUUGCACUGCCGUUUCUCUUCCCUGAGCUGUCUAACUUCACCACUGUAGUCGACCUCACGUCUCACGUGCGCUCCCUUGACACCCGCUACCGUGCUGCUCUCAUGCCAUACUUUCUGGCUGAGAACCAGCCCGUCAUGUAUCUCACUCUCUACUUCCUCACGACUCGCCUCCCUUACUCUCUUCACGCCAUUCCAGACCACUUCCCUUCCCUAGACCUCAUUGAGCCCACCCUUGCCUCGUUUGAGACCUGUCUCUUCGAGGCUGAGACUAGUGCUCGCGCUGUAGCUGCCUCCCGUGGCUCUCCUAGCCUCUCCUUCUUCGAGAGGUGCUCUCCCUCCCAUCUCGUGCCCUCUGUUGCCUCUGCUGAUACCGCGGACUUCCUUGGUGCUGAGGAGGUCAUUACUGCCUCCCUCUGA